UUUGUGUUCUGUGGGUAUUUCAAUCAAAUCGGUGCUUCCAAUAUAACCUCUAAUUUCCACACUUUUCAGCAGGUGAAACAUUCCAAAUAUAAACAAUGGAUAUUUCAAAUUUACUUGACGAAUAUUUUCUUUCCAUCGAAAACAAUAAAGAUAUUGAAGGUGGAAAGCAUCCCAACGCAUUAAAAUUAAUUGAACAAUGUGAUAUGAAUUUUGGGGACUUGGUGGGUGAUGUAGAUAUCCUUAUAGAUAACACUAAAUCAAAGGAGUUUUUCUCCAGUUUACCACUAGAAAAAAGAAUUAGAAUUUUUAAAAUGGGUAUAUCCUGUUUUGUGCAUUUCGUUCAAAUAAAUUUUACUGGACCUGAAACCACACAACUUUUAAAGGUUGAUAUUAGCUCAGCGAAUGAGAAUAUUAUUCUAGGCCAUGAAGAAGUAAAUCCAAAUACUAGGCAUUUAUAUUUACUUUAUAUUUCUAAAACUAUUUUUGAGAAUUGUUUGGUAGAAAAUAUUGUGAAUUUAUUAUGGACCUUGAGAUGUAUGAUUAUACACCAGCAGAUCAUAGAAGAGCCAAGUCCAGCUCUUUUAUCACAAGCAAAUGAUUUAAAAAUUCAAUUUGAAGCAUUUGAGCUACCAGAUUAUAUAAGAGCAAAGUUUGAUCUAGAAUUCGCACAAUUUUACUUAUUACUCCGACAUAUAAAUAAAGCAAAUCAACACUUGGAUUCUGCAGAAAAUAAACUAGGAAUAAGAUACAACUUUGGUGGAAAAUUAGGAAAGAGGACCAGAUACCAAAUAAAAGAUUUGGCUCAAAUGACUCUUGAAGUAACAUUAGAUAAUCCUGAAAUGAAACGUCCACCAGUUCAUGAUUUUGAAGUACCAAAAGACAUUCCUCUGAAAGAUGAUGUUAGACUGGAUCAAAUACAAUUUUCAGAACCACAAGAAUCUGUAACCAAUUUUCCCAAUACAGAACAGAAGUUUCUUUUAACUAGAGUGCAGGAAAUGAUAAUUGCAAAACCUAAAACUGAGUUAAUUAGAGAAGAAAUUCUACCAUUUCUUGAUUUUAUUUUAAACCAGAAGAAUACUUGGAGUGUAAGAGUUGCAUCUCUAAUGCUUCGUUGCAAAUAUGAAAACUCUGUUAGAACAAUUAGCAGAAAAAUAACACAAUGUGAAGAAAUUUUACAAAGUUAUGACAAGCCUGCACCACAUGUUUUGAACAGAUUUGCAGAUGUCUUUAGUACAGGUUUGAAACCAAAAUGGAAAACACGUUCAGAUUAUGCUGAAGCAUUACUGUCAAUGGGACUUGUAAAGGAUGCCUUAAAUAUUUAUUUGGAUAUCAAAGAUUGGGAAUCUGUGAUAGUAUGCUACACUUUAUUAAAGUUGAGACAUAAAGCUGCAGAAGUAAUUGAAGAACAACUAAACAUAAAGGAAACGCCCAAAUUGUGGUGUCUAUUAGGUGAUGCUACAGACUCUGUUCAUUGUUACGAAAAAGCUUGGGAGCUAUCAAAAGGAAAGAGUCACAUGGCUCAAAGACAUUGGGGGUAUUACCUUUUUGAACGAAAGGAAUACCAAGAAUGUAUACCCCAUUUUGAGCAGUCGGUGGCUAUAAACCCUCUUCAAGCGGCAGUUUGGUUGAGACUUGGUUACUCAGCUCUAAUAACAAAAAAUUGGCAAUUGGCUGCGACAGCUUACAUAAGAUACACACACUUGGAACCGGAAGGAUUUCUGGCUUGGAACAAUCUGGCUCAAGCUUACAUCAAACUAGGACGCAUGAAAGAGGCUCACAACGCUCUGAACGAAGCUCUGAAAUACAAUUUCGACAACUGGCAAAUCUGGGAGAAUUACUUGUUAGUAAGUUGCGAUAUAGGCAACUAUCAAAAUGUCAUUCAAGCUUACCAUAGGAUUUUAGAUUUUGACAAAAAAUAUGUGAAUCUAGCCGCAUUGAUUAUGCUUACUGAACUGAGUUCUAAAGAUGAUUCCGAUGAGAAUGUUAUAAAACAAACAAGAGAAUUAUUCGGAAGAAUAACUUCGGUAGAUACUGGUAAUAGUUUAGUUUGGGAAUUGUACGCUAAUAUUUCACCACUUGGACGAAUUAAAGCUGAACGUUACCAAAAGGCCUACAGAUAUGCAACUCAACAACGUGGGUGGGAAAAAAAUGUUAAGUCUUGUUUAGAUGUGUUGACUUUGUGUUCUAAAAUGCGUAGCUUUAUGCAGAUCGAUGAUAUAGAUUUGCCUGUAGAUUUGUUGUGUUCUAUGAGACUUAAUAUUAGAUCUGCUUUAGCUGCAGCAAAAAAAAAUGAAAAUGAAGAUGUCCAAACUUUUUUGAGUAAGCUUGUUGCUGAAACCUGAAAUAUAUUUUGAUUUUCGAUAUCUGGCUGUAUCGAAAAAUUGUAAAAAGCAAUUUUAUUAAUAGAACAUGUACAUCUAUAGAAAACUAUCAAAAUAAAUUAUUUUCAAUAU